AUGGAUAGAGCAGUCCUACGGCGGCCAGGUACCUCAGGCAUCUCCGGUCAUCUCUUUGAAACUAAAUCCCUGGCCUUAUAUCUGUUCAGAUUGCAACACGACCCAACAGUUCAAUACUUUCGUUUAGCAACAAACAUCAAAGGCUUUGGUGCCUUCGAUGACAUCUGUCUCGUCGUGAAAAUAGAAGGACAUGAUCGACCCGUGGCGAUAUUCAUUCAACUAAAACACAAAGAAGACGAUAAGGCGGUUAUAAAGUUUGACAACAAAGACAAAUUAAAAUAUGUUACCAGUUACAUAAAAAUUACAGAAAGAAUCGCGUCGCCACAGCCACAGGAGGAUUUUCUCGAUCUGAAUCUCAAUGAAACAGACUGUUUCUUCAUUUUGUACAGUAAUGCUAAAUUUAAUAUCACAAAUACAGAAUCUAAAUUCGAAAAUCAUUUUGCCCCAGUAUUAAACAGUUUGCUGGCGACAAGCGAUGCAGUUGGUUGUCGAGUGCAAGAAUCGGACCAAGUUGUAGAAGAUUUCGGAGAUUGUUUUCUGAAAAAUGACCUAGUGCUGUUGUCAAAACACUUUGUUGAAUUUUUGAUUGAUAAAGGUAACAAUAAAUCGAUGGACAUUAUGAUCGAUAAGUAUGUACAGCAGUAUCACGUCAUCUUGAGGGAAAGCGUUGUUGAUGUCAGCGACAUUCAAAGAGUAAAAGAUACCAAGUGGCGAAUUAUGACAUUUAAACGAGAAUUUUUCACAACUAGCGACAAAAAUGUAUUAAUUUUUAAGGAUCAGUUACUUAAAGAGCUGCUUCAGAAUCACCGUGAAAGACUGUCUCUGGAUUCUAAAAAAUCAAGGCCAUCAUUAGAUGAAACUAUAUCACAUUUCUUAAACGCCCCGUCAGCUGCGACUCUAACGCCUCUUAUCAUAACGCAUAUUGAUUGUAAUGAAGUUGGUAAACUAGAAUUUCUCAUUAAAAGGCCUUCUCACGAUGUCAAGCUGUUACAGCAAACUAAUAUGUCCCGAAAGGAAAUAGACGAAGCAAUAUCUGCAGCUGAAACGAGUGCGAUGGAAUACUUAUUGUCGUUGAAGCUAAAAGUGCCUGUUACAUUCGGUAAUGUAGAUUUAUCAAUUCGAGGUAGUGAUAAGAAAGUAAACAGUAGGUUGGAGUAUUUGACGACGGCAAUCAGUGAUUUAUGCAAAAUAUAUGAAGUACAGGACCAAUAUAAAAUUGUCAAAAUUGACGAUCAUUUGGACGAUGGGCUUCUAAAACGUAUCGGAGGUUUGGCUGGCGCUGUUGGUAAUAUGUUAAUUUAUGAUGAGAUAACAAAUAUGAUGAUGUUUUCCAAUAACUUUACGUGCGAACAAAUUAUCGCAACUCAGUUAGUUCUCAAUCUUAAGAAUCUAAUCGGUGACAUAUCUCAAUAUAGAUUCGUUGUAAAAACUAAGAGGUUGCCAAAACUUCACUUCGAUUGCACCGACACAGCAAGAGAGUUUUUAAGUAAACUAAUCAUCUACGAAACACAAAGCAAUCAUUGGAAAGUUGAGGAAAUUUUAAAACAAAAAAUUCAGGAACGUCUCAUAACUGAUUCUCGGGAUUCAGUAAUAAACAGUGGUAAUACAGAUGUGUCAGUGUUCCUGCAUUACCACGAGGAAAUACUCAAGUGGUGGACAUCGCCGACAACGUAUCUGAACGAAAAGACGAACUUGUACGAACAAGCAAUAUUAAAUAUGAAAGUAGAACCACAGAUCAGUGCAUUACAGACUAAUUUUCAUAUAAGUAGGGCAAAAUACUUUAAAAUCGGUUUUACUAAAAAUGCCAUGAAAUGGAUGGAACUACCCUUUAAACUGUACAUAACUACAGACACAGUUGUACUAACGUCUGUGAAAGUAGUUCAGUCUUUAAAACGCUAUUUAUCGAUCAAAAAGUUAGCAAUUUUGGAUGUUGAAAAUGUUCUGAAUUUGUCCAUUUCAGACUUUAACUCAUUAAAUGAGGAGAUAAAAAAUACUGAGAAAGUGCUAAUUAUUAUGUGGCAUAAAACCCAGAAUUAUGAUGAAUCAGAUAACAAUAGAUUGUCUACACUUGCACUAGCAACUGAAGAUAAACAAUCAGUUGUUAUAACAAACAGCGAGUUAAGGGAAACAAUAAACAAACUUUUUAAGGCACAAGAUGCGUUUUACCAUGAAACGGAAACUCUGUCGAAUAUAGAAUCACAAAAAGAGAUACUGAAACAUGCAAAAGCAUUAUUUCAAGGCCAAGAAGUUACUUUAGAUAAAAUAUUAGACAAGAAGUCAGUAUCAUUUGUUAAAGGUGUCAUACUUGAUAGAGUAAUACGUAAUAAAACUAUAAAUAUUGGUGAGCCACUCGGUAAUGUACAGUAUGAAGAGGUCAAGGAUUUCUUUGUCCCCAGGAGUGUAAGCCGCCGUGGUAAAACUGAUGCCUACGAUGUCUUCCAUGUUAAUGAUGACGACAUUGCCAUUUCCGACUUUAACAGCAACGUUCCUGAUGAAAGAAAAUAUUUCGAUGAUUACGAUUCUGUUAUUUUAAACGAAACUUAUAAAGCUGUAAUUAGAGUCGAAACGUUUCUCGAUAUACCAAGAGAUGUGGUGCUUCUAAUAGCCCCACCAGGUAUGGGCAAAUCGACACUACUCACCCACCUAACACUUAACACCAAGAAGUAUCAUCAUAGACUUUGGAUAGUUCGAAUGGACUUUGGAGAUUACUCGAAACAGUUUAAGGUAUGGUAUGAUAAACACGUGGUUAUCGAUGCUUUAGAAGCUUUGAAUUUGUUGUGUCAAAUUAUAACAAGAAAUCUUACGGUAGCGCUUAAUAUAGAAUUAACAGAUGGUAAAGCACAUUUAGUGAACGAGGAAUUGGCUGAUUUUGAAUUAAUCAUGUUCUUGCACUUUUAUAAUAAAAGGAAAGUGAUAUUCCUAUUCGACGGUUUUGAUGAAAUCUGUCCUGACUACAAGGAUAAGGUUAUAAGUUUUCUUUCUGUCGUCAAAAAUGAUCUUCGAAAACACAAAAUGUGGGUAGCCAGUAGACCGUACAGUGACAUCCGCCCAGAUCUAGAAUCAGUUUUAGGUAAAUAUUUUAAAAUAAACCAUUUAACGUUUACCGAACAAGAGAGUUAUUUAAGACAAUUCUGGAACAAAAAGUUAUCAUCAAAGAAAUCAAGUGAGGAACAACUCAAAAAUUUACGAAUAUUCUUAGACAACACAAGAGAGUCAAUAUCUGAGGCGACAGAUUCGGUUCGUGUGAUCUAUAGUGUUUUUGUUGAUACUGUUAGAUUAUUAUUUUUUCAAACACCGUCCGAUCCUGAGAUAGACGCCAUAUUGAAUACUGCUCGGACGAUAAAUCCAAGUCAACAAGUCUUUCGAUUAUCAGGAAUUCCGUUGCUUUUAUAUUUCCUGGCUGAUUAUUUUGUAAAUAUAGUAUUUCGUGCCUCAAAUCGCAAUAAAGCUAUAUUAGAAUUUAACCACCAUAAUAUUUAUGAAAUGUUUAUAAAAAAUAAACUUGAAACAGUUAUUUUCCAAAAUAAACUGAACAUGGAUUUGUCAGAUCAAUAUACAAAGCAAAUUUUAAAAACAGAACUCUCUGAAAUGAUAAGUAUUCACAAAAAACUGGCUAUAUAUCCUUUCUACCAAGAUCGCAUUCCUGGUAAGGGUUUUGUAGAACUCGAAGAUAUGAAGCCAUUUAACGAACAAGAGUGGCAUACUGCGCGGCAAAAUAUUAGAACAGGUACAGAGAAAAGAGGAUUGAUUUCACACGUAAAUGAGAACAAUAUGCCCGUGUUCAUACAUAAAUCCUUUGCAGAUUAUUUCAUUGCUGAGUACGUUUGUGAUAUAAUAAAAAGCUCCAGGUUUAAGUUAUAUCAAAAAGUUCUUUGGUAUUGUGCCACGACUAAAGUUGGUGACACGGCUAUCCAAGUUUGGAUCGAGAGGAAAAAGAAAUCAGACCCAACACUUGGAAACGCAUUUCUAGAAAUGGAGAAAACUUCACCAAUAUAUACAACUAAAUACAGUUUAUAUUUGAACAGGGAAAACAUAACGCCGCGUCAGUACAUCAGAAUAUUAGCUUCGUCAGUUAAAGACUAUGAAGAUGGGUGUUUUAGUGAAUUUGGGGCAAAGUUUAAAAUGAAUUACUUUAAUAAGAUUAUUAACAAAACCGUUAGGCGGGGACUAACUGAAUAUUUUACAAAUUGUCUUAUCUGUAAAAUGCAGCCUCAGCUUAAACAACAUUUUGAAGGAACACCUUUGUUUGCGUUUCAAAGUCCCGACGAAAAUCUUGUCAGAUAUUUUGAUUCAGACAAAAUAUUCCAUGGAAUCGACGACAUCCUCCUUGGCCUAAAAGUAAAAGUUCAUAAGCGAAUUGUGCCCCUCUUCAUGUUUCUUACUCAUCAAGACCAUUGUGCUACCUCCCAAUUAUCAAAUACUAAGAGUAUGGGUGAGAACUACCAGAAGUUUCCUACAGAUGACACUGUUCAAACAGAUUUUAUAAAGAUACUAUUGAACCCUGGUUACCCUCGAACCCUACAUGUUACAAGUGACCCCAGUUUUUCAAGUGAUAUAUUAAAUUUCUUGAGUACUACAAGCACAAUCGGUAAUCGUUUGGAUUACACCGAGAAAAACGUAGAAGAACUCGCAGAAAACACUAUGAUAAAAGAGCUAAGAUGGUUAGCUAGAGUUAUUGAAACCUCUUUAAAGCCAGAGAUAUGUAUAACAAGACGCAAAUUCAAAAGCUAUCAUGUUUUUCUAAGUCAACAUGUUUUCGAUGUCGGCGAUAUCCAAACAGACAAAAGUCGUUAUUUAUGCAAAUGGCGGACUGUUACAUUUCGAAAGAAGUUCUUUGACAUAGAAGACAAAUAUAUUAGCUUUUUGAGAAAUUGUUUGUUCGAACGAUUGCUCAGUAAAAGAAUGCCUAUAUUUUCGAAAAUUAAAUACUUACCAGAUCUACUGAUACCCUUUUUCCUUUCUGAACCGUCUGUUGCUACAUUAACCCUUUUGCUUGGAACUGGUGUUGUCGGCUGUAAAGAUAAUAAGUUAGAAUUCCUAAUGGUGCGACCUGCCAGUGAUGUACGAGUAGAACAGUUGCGAAAUAUUAACAUGCCAGAAUCCACGAUCAACGAAGCGAAGUUUGCAGUCAGGACAGCCACUGAGAUAUACUUGCGCUCUCUACAUCCGAAAGCUACUAUUGAUUUUGGUAAUAUUGAUUUACCAUCUCCUCGAGACAUUGAGAUGACUAGUGAAACCUUGAAAGACGCUAUUGUAAAAUUGUGUGAACAAAACACACGACGUAAAGUGGUCACGAUCGAUGAUUCUCUCGACGAGUCAUUGCUGUGGGGCUUGGCCAGUUGCGUUGGUAACAUUCUUAUUUACGAUGAGGAAACAGAGAUGCUCAAGGUGCAACAUUUAGAGCAACUCACUUCAGCUCAGAAGUACGCUAAAUCUUUAUAUCUUCAACUAUCUCGUGAAAUCGACAAUCUGCAUGUAUAUAGGUUUCAUGUAAUAACUGAAAAAUUACCCAGAUGUCACCUCGAUUUCAAGAAUUCAGCCAGAGACUUUUUAAGGAGGCUGAUAAUUUUUGCCAAAGACAGUAUCGAUUACAAGAUUGAGGCAGUCAGUUCAGAAAACUUGAAUAUUGGCCGCCGUCAUAUAAAAUUUCAUGAUGAAUUUGUAACACUGAACUUGGCGCGUCUGCAUCUCCACUGUGAAGUACUAAAAUGGUGGAAGACGCCAAACACAGGCGAAUACGACACUAAACCGACCGAUUUGUAUCAACUAGCAACGGAAAAUGUGAAUUUAGAACCGAUAAUAAGUGAAAUGCAUGCUUCAUUUUAUUUUAAGAACUUGAAGUAUUUUAAAUAUAUUUUAAGUGAAAAUUUUACAAACUACAUACCAGUUGACUCUAAAACGGUGGUAAUCACAGAAACAGUUAUGUUAACAACUAUAAAAGUAUUAAGAAGUUUAAAGAGCCGUGGCUUCUACAACGAGUACACAGUUCUUGACUUGGAGCACAUGCAGAGCACGUUGCCGAAUGCGGAAGACGCACGAAUAUUGCGCGCAGAGUUAAGGAACACUAAAAAAACUCUGAUUAUGAUAUGGACAGAGAAGAACGAAGAUGUGAUAUUUCGUAAGCUUACACGACUGUUAAAACACAAACGUAUGGUAAUUAUAACAAACAACGACUUCAUAGAAACGGUGGAAUCACAUCGUGAGUUAUUGGAUUUUGUGUUUUAUAACGAAGUAGAAAGUUUGACCUCAAUACAGUCACACAAGGAAAUAAUGAGAGAUACAAAAGUAAUAUUUCAAGGCCAAAAUGUCACUUUAGAUGAAAUUAUGGACGAUGAGUCUGUUACAUAUGUUAAAGGCGAUGUGUUGGAUAAGGUGAUAAAUAAUUACACCCUGCACAUCGGCAAACCCCUCGGCGAUCCACAUUACAAUGAACUUAAAGACUCAUUGAUCGACAGCAGAGUAGAAACAGUUCGGAGAGCAGAUGAUGAGUUCCAAAUGUCUAGUGAAGAUAAGGUAAACAGAAGAUUUCACAAUAUAGUGGAAGAUGUGGUGUUUCUAACAGACCCGACGGGACUGGACAAGUCGGCACUGUUCACUCACCUAGCUCUUAACACAAAACACCACGAUGGGAAACUUUGGAUAGUCAGAGUGAACUUACCAGAUCAUGUGGAACAAUUUGGCAGAUGGCAGGAUGAAGAUACAACCGUCGAUGAUUUGGAAUCAUUGAAGUUUCUGUGCCAAGUUACAUUGAAUUAUAAAUUGAUGUCGUUUAAUUUAGCACUCAUAAAUCAAGAAGCUCGAGUAGUGCGUUGUGUGGGUGACGCCGUAGCUGCUUUUGAACUAAACUUAUUCGUACGUUUCUAUAAUGAGAGAAGAGUAAUAUUUGUAUUUGACGCUGUUGACGAAGUCGGUCCUAAAUGCAAAGACAAGGUUGUUACGUUCCUGUCAGUUGUUAGCACCCGUCUUCGGAAAAGCAAAAUGUGGGUAACCAGUAGAUCGCACAGCGAUAUUCUGCCAGAGCUGGAAAGAGUCUUAGGGGAAAGCUUUACAAUAGUGAGUUGUAGCGACUAA